UCAGUGCGUUUUUGCAUUUCGUGCGUGUCAGAUCGUUGAUCGUUCGUCGUGCACUUCGUGCGUUCGUCGUUCGUUGGUGUAGUGACCGUCAUCUUUAGAAUUUUUUUUAUAAACGUGCGUGCAAUAAAUAAUAACAAUUGCAAUAAGCAAAUAGCAAAAACACUACAAUAGUGCAAAUAUUAUUACAACAGCAGUGUUAGUGUGUGUGAGUGAGAAAGAGAGAGUGUAUUUGUGACUGCAUACACAUACAUAUGCAUAUGUAUAACGGCGUGUAUAUGUGUGAGGAAGUUACAGUUUAAUGUUGGUUAGUCUCAAUUGUCGACGACGACGACGACGCAUUGUAGCUGAUUGAUGCCAGUUUGCUGUUUUGUUGUUGCGGCUACUUUGGACACAUACAUACACAUGCAACUACAUUUCAAUUGCGCAACAUGAGCUGAGAAUUGUAUGGAGAAUUGGAUAUCUUUAAACUCAACGCACAGAAGAAUUUUAUCUUUAACAUACAGGCAUUGCGAUUGUUUCACAAAAACGGAAACGGAAGUGACGUGCCGGCUGCGCCAAAAGCGACAACGUUUUCAGACAGUUGAAAAAUGCAAAUUAAAAUACAAUAAAAUGUAAAACACGACACUGACAACAGCGACAACAACAGCCACAGCAACAACAACAUCUGCAGCAGCAGUUGAAGCAGAAAAGACUAAAACUCUGAUAGAGAGAGAGAGAGAAAGCUAGUAUAUGUGAAAAAGAGAUAGAAGGAAAGCGAGAGUGAGUGAGAGAGGGGAGAAGUAGAAAGUGAAUCGUGGAAAUGGAAAUGAGAAACGCAAAGUGGCGGCAACUUUUCCACUGAAUUGAUUUGAGCAAUCGGCAUCAACGACAUCUCAACGGUCACAGGAUACGCUAUAGAUAUCAGCAACAGCAACAGCAGUAGCAUUAAUUUGCAUAAUUUUCAGAGCAUUAGCAAACAAAAGCGAACGCGGCCAUAAAAAGGCGUCACGCAAACGCAUAAAGAAAUUACACCAAAAAAAAAAAAAAAAAGGAGAGAGAAGCAAAUGAAAUUAAAACAAUGAAAGCCAAAGGCUGCGCAAACAUCGUGAUGUCUUCGCCUGCAGCAAUUGUUGUGCAAGCAAAUUAAUGCAAACAGUAGCAACAGCAACAGCAACAACACUUUGACCACGUGUAACGCGCGCCCCAAACGCGACAUUUACGAGAAAGAAACGGACGCGAGGGUUGCCUAUAAAUGUACCAGGACAGCGGCUGCAGCAGCAGUAGUCGACGUGGCAGCGCAGCAGCCGCAGCAGCAGCAGCACCAACAACAGCAGCCGCAGCAGCAACUGGCGACGAGGAGACGUUGGAGGCGCUGACAAUAAUCACAACCACAACGAUCACAACGACAACGGCUGAUGCGAAAAUUGGCUCUGCCGACACCACAGCAACAACCACAACAACAACAACCACAGUAAUCACAGCAGCAGCAGCCGCCGCCGCAGCAGCAGCAGCGACAACAACAACAAGCGCCACAGUCGAUAGCAUCGCUAGCAGCAGCAGCAGUAGCAGCAAUCAAGGCAGCAACAGCGACGACGACGACGUUUACGCUGACGCCGACGCUUACAUUGACGUAGACGUCGACGUUGACGUCGACGUUGACGUGGAUAUUGAGUGUACAACAGCGCACGGUUCGCGAUUGCCGUCGUCAAACAGCAGCAGCAGCUGCGGAAAUGCUGCAGCAUUGCAACAGCAGCAACAACAAGCACUGCAGCCACAGCAACAACAACCACUGCAACAACAACUACACUCGCAGCAACAACAGCUACAACAGCAACUGCAACGUGGCAACGCGGCUUCGUUGAACGCCGAUGUGCGGCUGCUGCGUAAAAUUGGAUACAUUGCAUCGCGAGUUCGUUGCUUGGCCAAAUAUUACGGCGACUUUCGGCUCGUUAAUCCGUACAGUGCUCAGCGGCAGCGGCGACAACUGCAGGAGAUCUUGCUAAAGCACUCGAUCUUUGAUCCGGGACGCGAACGCGAACGGGCGCUGGUGCUGGCCGCGGCAGCGGUUGCCGUGGGUGCAGCCUCAGCAGCAGCAGCAUUAGCAACAGCAACAGCAGCAACAGCGACAGCUGUGACACGCAGCCAAAGCUGCAGCAGUUGCUUUGAGGAGCAACAACUGGAAGAGGAAAGCGAAUUGCAACACGAAUCGGAGCCAGAAGAGGAGCAAGAGUUGCCCCCAGUCACACCAGCAGCAGCAGCAGCAGCAACAGCAGCAACGACAACAACAACCACAACAGCGACGGCAACAGUGAGACGCAAAUCGUCGAGCAGCUCGGCGAGUGCAACAGCCACAGCAUCGGCAUCAGCUUCGGCAUCGACAUCGGCUUCAGCGUCCGCAUCGACAUCGCUGCUGGCAGCUGCCACGCCCAUUGCGCUGCUCGAAGAGUUGUUGAUACAGUUCUACGAGGAUCAGGAUCAGUGCAGUCACAAGUUGACUGUGAUACGCAGACGUUUGGCCUGCAGCGACAACCUCAACAACAAUAACAACAAUAACGCCAGCAACAACAACAAUAAUAAUAGCAGCAACAACAGCAACAGCAGUGACACUCGUCAGCAUAACAACAACAGCAGCAACAGCAAUAGUAACAGCAACAGCAACAGCAUUAGCAACGGCCAAAGUCUGACCAUGUCCACGUCCAUGUCGAACAUGGUGGAAGCAACAACAGCAGCAGCAGCCGCCGCAAGCGCAGCAGCGGCCGCCGCAGCAGCAGCAGCUGCGGCAGCAACCACAGCUGCUGCAGCGGCAGCAACAACUGGCGGCGAGACAGCCACUGAUGGCGGCAACCCGACAACAGCAACCACAACAACAGCAACUAGUCAUCAGACACGCGCUUAUCUGCAACCAUCGCACGAUGCGGACAAUCCACGACGUCGUCGGGCCAGCGAUUGCUCCGCUGUGCAGGCAGCGGCCGCUUUGUCCAAUCAGCUGCACUGCAUCACGCUCAAGAACAACAAUUGCACAGCGGCAACAGCCACGGCCGCAACGACGGCAGCCAAGUUGCCGUUUCAUCGCGGCAGCUGCGGCGCUGCCGGCGAACAUUUGUUGGCGGCGAAUUCAAUUGCCAAUCGUGCCACGAUCAUAUUGAGCAAAUCGUGCAGCAAUGUGGAUGGCGAUGCCGGUCUCCGGGCGGCGAAUGUUGUCGGGAGCAACAAGUUGCGUGCCAGCGCCACCGACAUUGAGAGCAAUUCGAAUGCUUUGAAUGGGGCACGCGAUGCGAUGACAACAAUUGCGAAUGCCGCCGCCGCGGCUGCCUCCAACAAUGGCAACAAUGAGUUCAGCAUCCUGCAGCUGAACAACACGAUCAUCCAGUGUCACUUCAAUGACGACGAUUUUCGCGCCCUUGUCAAGGAUCUCAAGCGCAAGGUUGAGUACACGGAGCGCAUGAAUUGGCUAUGUCUCUCCAAUCGGCCAUUGGGCCCGCCACAUCGCAAGAGCAGUCUACCAAAGCAUCAGGAGGUGAAGCGUCGCUUCCUGGAAAUUUGUGAUACCAACUUUUCGGACGAGGUGAAGGCGGCUUUGCGUCUGCCAGCCUUCGAUUCAUAUGAAUGGGGCGAUGCGGAUGUCAUACACCUAAUGCAGACCAUGUUCCUCGAGCUGGGCUUCAUCGAGAAGUUCAGCAUACCGGUUGAUACGCUGCGCGAGUGGCUCUAUGAGGUCUACAAGCACUACAACGAGGUGCCAUUUCACAAUUUUCGGCAUUGCUUCUGUGUCGCCCAAAUGAUGUAUGCGAUUACACGCCAAGCGAAUUUACUGAAUCGUCUGGGCGAUCUAGAAUGCUUGAUCCUGCUGGUGUCCUGCAUUUGCCACGACCUCGAUCAUCCCGGCUACAACAAUAUCUAUCAAAUCAAUGCACGCACUGAGCUAGCACUCAGAUAUAAUGACAUCUCGCCGUUGGAGAAUCAUCAUUGUUCGAUUGCGUUCCGUUUGCUGGAGCAUCCCGAGUGCAAUAUAUUCAAAAACUUUAGCCGUGACACAUUCAACACAAUUCGGGAGGGCAUCAUUCGCUGCAUCCUUGCCACCGAUAUGGCGCGCCACAAUGAGAUCCUAACGCAGUUUAUUGAGAUCACGCCCAUCUUCGACUACAACAAUCGUGCACACAUCAAUCUGCUAUGCAUGAUACUCAUCAAGGUGGCGGACAUAUCGAACGAAGCACGGCCCAUGGACGUGGCCGAGCCGUGGCUGGAUCGCCUGCUGCAGGAGUUCUUCGCUCAGAGUGCGGCAGAGAAAUCGGAGGGAUUGCCGGUGACGCCAUUCAUGGAUCCGGACAAGGUGAGCAAGCCGGGUUCGCAGGUGCGUUUCAUUGGCCUCGUGCUGUUGCCGCUCUUCGAAGCCCUGGGCGAAUUGGUGCCCGAGUUGACUGAGCUGAUCAUCAUCCCAGUACGCAUAGCACUCGAGUACUACAGACGCUUAAAUGAUGCACAGACCAAGACACGCAAAUCGGUGGCAGACAGCAACACAUCGGCCACGUCGGCCACAUCGGACAGCAACAGCGGCAACAUGGACUCGAAUGCGGCCAUGGCCAGCACACCGGGCAACAACAGCAGCGACAAACUCGACAAGCAGGGACAAUCGCAGUCAGGCAAUGCUGCUGGAGGUGGAGGCGGAGGAGGAGGCGGCGGUGGUAGCUGCGGUGGCAGCUCAACUGCUACUGUUGCAUCAUCAUCAGCUGGCGGCAAUGCUUCAAGCGGCGGCGGCGGCGUCGGAGGCGGCACAACAACUGGCAGCAGCUCACCGCAAAUGCCGCGCUCAGGAUCCGGCAUCAGCGUUAAGUCCCGUCGCAGCAUCCCAUCACAGAAGUCGGCGUCGCGCACCUCGGUGGAUGAGCCCGGUGGCAUGGCCGCUGAGUUGCACGAUCUGCCCGAGGGAAGCGAGAGCGGCGACUCCGAAACAGCCACCGAAGUCGAUGUGGCCGAGAAGACGUCCAAGUUCAAGGUGGACACGGAGGGCUGCAGCAACCGGAGCAAGAGCUCGCACUCGACAUCGCGCAAAUCGUCGCGCGAGAAGCGACCAUCGAUGAUCGGCGAGUUGUGCAGCAGCGGCGGCGGUCAAAGGAUGCGCAACUCGUACGGCAACAUACACGGUUACCACGCCAAUCGCUGUCACUUUGGCAGCAAUCGGGCCGUCAGCCUCGAUCAGUACAGCACCAACAAUCGCCGGUUGUCCGAUGGACUGCCGCAGGUCAUAUCCGACAGCAACGUGUUCUACGGUCGACACAAUCGCAGCAGCCUCGAAGCGCAUGCAGCACAAGCUCAAGUGACAAUGGGAGCAACAACAACAGGAACAGCAGCAACUGUUGCUCGUAUCGGGGAGGAUCUCAAUAUGAAUACGAGCAGCAAUCAGAUGGGGCCGGUGGUGCAGCAGCCACACAGUCAGCUGGACAAGUUGCAGCUGCAGCUGCAGCAAGUGGAGCUGGACAAGUUGGCAAGCCAGGCAACAGCCACAGCAGCUGCUGCUGCUGCUGCCACAUCGAAUGGCAACAUAUCGCCCACACUGAUGCAGCAGCAGCCUCUGAAUCAGCAAGCGAGCAAUGGCAGCGCACGCAGCAGCAGCGUUGGCAGCACUCGCCUGGCUGCCACACAACAGCCACAUUCGGGGCAGCAGCAACCACAAGCGGGACAGCAACAACCGAGCGGCAGCAGCAGCAGCUGGAAAUCGCGACUGCGUCAAUUCUCCGACUAUUUCAGCUUCAGCUUUGACAAGGGCAACAAACGCUUUGGCAGCACACGCAGCAGCCCCUGUGCCCCAACCCGUGGCAACAACAAUGCAACGGCAGCCGCAAAUGGUGGCGGCGGUGGCGAUGUCACAGCGGACGGCGGCUGCAACAUGCAACAGCCAGCGACCUGUUGCACCAUUUCGAAUAGCAUGCCAUCGCCAGUUGCUCCGACUUCAGCUGCUGCCGGUGGAGGAGGCGCCUCCGCUCACCUGGGAGGCAUAGCGCGGCAUCGAGCGUACAGCUUGGAUGUGCCGUGCAGCAGGCACAUGGCGGGGGGCACACGCUACUCCUCGGGCGACAGCAGCAGUCGCAAGUCGUCGCGCCACGACGAGCACAACAACAUGAGCAACAUGAGCAACAAUAGCAACAACAGCAACAUGAGCAACAACACGUUGCACAGCAGCGGAGGCCUCAUGAUUGGCGAGCAAUUGUCCGGAAUACGCAUUCGCAUCGGUAGCGCAGAUGCCACAACAGUUGUGGCAGCAGCAGCAGCAACAGGAGUGCCAACUACGGCAGCUGGGGAGCCCGCUUUGAUGCCGCCCAGCGUCAGCUGUGAGCUGGGCUUGGCCAGCGGAUCGUCGUCGGAGGCGGGGCCAAAGAUUUGACAACAGGGGAGUUCCGAUACGAGCAACACGAACAAUUCGCUGUGCAAUCAGGCGCCGUUCACCGAGGGCGAAGCGGAGGCCGAGGCCGAGGCGGAGGCCAUCGUCAAUGACAGCGACAACGAUGCGAUGGAUGGUCCCAGCGAGGAGGCGGAUGCUUUGCAGCAGGACACGUCCAGCUGUGAAGUGUCGUCGAUGUCGAUGACCGUCUGGUCGGCGAUUGGUCAGCGAUUGAAUGCGCUCGUCUGUCAUUGCUGUGAGCGGAAGUUGCCCGAGCCGGAGAAUGUGUAAGCCACCGAAAAGAGAGGGUCGAUCAAUCAAACAAACAAACAAUCUGUCAGUCAGUCAGUCAGUCAGUCAAUCAGCCAACUAGCCAGUCAAUCAAAUCAGUCAUUGCCAUUCACACAGUCAUCGAUUCAUUCACCCAGCGCAACUUUCUCUUUCUAUAGCUCUUUCUGUACAUCUAUCUCGCUCUAUUCCCAGUUUCUUGCGCACAGGGUAACUUCUAGUCGAGCACACUCGACUGCAGCGCUCUCACUUGUGUGUGCUGACGAUGCACAUUCUUCAUGCCUAGCAAAUAAUUUAAAUCAAUUCUACACACGAACACACACACACACACACACACACACAAUUCAAUACACUAUAAUUA